AUGACAGAUAUAGAAACUUAUAAAGAUCCAAUAAUAUCUUUAAUAAAAGAUCCAAAUUUAAAUAAAGAUCAAACAAAGUCUUCAAAAAUCAUUCAUUUAAUUCAAGAAAUUUCAGAAAGAAAAUUAAAUAAAUUAUGUUCAUCAUCAUUUAUAAUUUUACAAACUUUAGAAAAAAUUCAAUUAAAAUUUAAAAGUUGGGAAUUUUUAUCAUUAGAUUAUAAUUCAGAUACUCAUUUUGCAAAUAAAGAUGAUAAUAUUAAAAUUUUUAAUACUGGAAUUGCAGAUAAAGUUAUGAAUAUAUGUAUUGAAUUAAAUCAUAAAAUGAUUAAAAUUUCAUCAGAUAUUGAUUUUAUAAGUAAAAGUUCCAAGAUGUUGAGUAUACGAGAUUUAAUGUCUGAUGAUGGAACUAUGUUAACUUCAUUAAUAUUAAGAAUUAUAAAAUUAAAAAAUGAAGUUAUUGAACAAUUAUCUAUAUCAUAUUCAAAAUCAAAAUUAAUUUUAAUUGGUAGAGAUUUAGAAUUAUUAAAUAAAGAUGAUAAUGAUAAUGAAACAAUUGAUUAUUAUAAAACUUUUAUUAUAUCACUUUUAAAACAAUUAAAUGAUGCUAUAUUAAUAAAUGAUUUUGAUCAAAAAUAUGAAUGUUUAGCAGUUAUUAAUGAUUUAGAGAAAAUGUUUGAAAAAUAUAAAUUAGAAAAAAUGAUUGAUAAAAGUAUUGAAGAACAUGAUCAAUUAAGAGAAUUAGAAGAAAGUAAUACGCGAUCACAACAACAGCAACAACAGCAACAUACUCAUGAUGUACAACAACAACAUCUUCCAAUAUCUAGACCUCAAACAUCACUAUUUGACGAUGAUGACACCUCCUCAAAUGGAAAAGAUUCUCAAAGUCCAGAUGAAACAUUUUCAGAAUAUUCAAUGACUUCAUCAACUCAAUUACCAAUGGUUCAUUCAAUAACUCAUCAAAAACAUGAUCAUCUUCGACAUGAUUCAUCAUCAAUUUAUGAUUAUAGUUCAAGUUCAAACAUGUAUAAAUCAACUAUUUCAGAAGAAUUACCUUAUUUAAUGACAGCUUUUAGUUCUGCAAAGAACAUAAAAGAAGAUAUUAGUCAUUAUGAACAAGAAAAUAAUCAAAAUCAAACACAAACAACCAACAACAAGAAACAACUGAAAUAUUCAAAUUCUCCAACCAAAGAAAAUCAAAAACAAACAAAUACUACAUCACAGAGAAAACCUUAUUUUCCAAAAUCAAAUUUACCUGAAUCUUCAUUAUAUAGUCAAAGUAAAAUUUUAAAACAACUGAAUUUAAAUUAUACAUCAUCAAUAUUAAAUAAUAAUAAUGAAUUAUUAAGAAAAUUAGGAAUUCGACCUCAAGUUAUUAAUAUACCUGAAGAUCAAUUCAACGAACUAAAGAAAAAAGAAGAACAACAAAAGCAAAAACAACAUCUACAACAAAAUCGAAUACUGCAUUUUAAGGAUAACAGAUUAUUAUUAACUGAAGAAAAUAUACUACAUUUAAAUAAUGAUAUUCUUGAUUAA